UGCUAAACCAUGUCCUCCCUCAGGAGCGGGAGCUGGAGUGGCGCCCCAUCACAGAGUGCAGUCCCUAUGCCCUGGGUGACCAUCUUGCAGCCUUUUCCUUGGACUGUCCCGUCUCCUCUGCCUCAACCCAGCCGUGUCAAGGAAGAUCUGCUGGAGCUCAUGAUGCUACAGAAUGCCCAGCUGCACCAGCUGCUGUUGAGUCAAAUGGUGGCGGGAGCCCUGAACCCAGGGCCAGAGGGGCCCAGCCCACAGGUCUAUACAGACAGCCAACAGGAGCAGGUGGAGGAAGAGAUGGAGGCGCGGGAGCAAGAAGAGCCUGUGGUGAUCCACCACCACUAUCUGCCGGGCCCCAUGACACUCUGGCCAGUCUCUUUUCUCCCUGUUCCCCCACAUCAACCUCCCUGGCAGGGUGCACCCAGGAUUCAGCACCAGCCGCCUGCCUCCAGGCAAGGGGAGGUGAGAGAUGUGCCCCCACCGCCACCCCCCAGUGCCACAGGGACUGUUGGUGUGGAUGUACCCCCAGCUUCAGAGUACUAUGAUGCUGAGAGCCUGCCCUGAAGACAGAUCAUCAUCAGGCCUCACCCGCUUCAGCACAGGGCUGCCAGCAUGCUGGACUCACUCUGCAUCCAUGCUGAAGCCCUUCCUACCCACCCUGUCUCAGUCAAGCCGUCUACCCUGGGGCAGCAGGCUCUCUGCUCCACUGCUGUCUCAAGCUGCCUGUUCUGGAGAGAAAGCUCCGUAAAACUCCUCCCUGACCCAGAAGCCACGCAAACCCGAUUGAUCCUGUUCCCUGUCUGGACCAGACCAAGGCCCUGAUACCAGAGCCCCAGCUGUCUUUGCCCCUCUCUCCCCUCUGUGGAGUCCCCCUUGGGCCUGAAAUAGGGCAUGAGAGAAGAGAAUGGCUCCUGUCUCCAAAUGCCUGAAAGCCCCUGGAAGGCAGCAUGGUUGGGGAAGAAGGCUGGCUCAGGAGGCCCCUGCGGCGGACUCGGCUUCCUUGGGCCUCCUUUCCCUGGAUUCUGUUGGUAGAAAGGAGAGCCAGGGCCAAGUCCUGAUUCAACCAGGAACAGCCUGAGGUCCCCAGGGCCAC